AUGGCAAAGGAAGAUCCCUCCAAGCUGGUGCUGGUAGAGAAGCGUGGUACUACCACCAUCAUCACCAUCAACAGACCUCACAAACGCAACUGUGUCAACGGACCCACCGCCAAGGCUCUCUAUCAGGCCUUCCUUGACUUUGAUGUCGAUUCAACCGCAGCUGUUGCCAUCUUGACAGGUGCUGACCUUGCGGCUGUCCUGAACCAAGACGAAGCCAACCCCAUGUCAGCCGAGUGGGAAGACACACUCCCUGGCCCUAUUGGACCUAUGGGCCCGAGUCGCAUGGUCCUGUCAAAGCCGGUGAUUGCAGCGAUCUCCGGGUUCGCGGUUGCUGGAGGGUUGGAACUGGCGCUGUGGUGUGACAUGCGGAUUGUUGACACAACGGCAACCUUGGGUGUGUUUUGUCGUCUGAGGGGUGUGCCCCUGAUUGAUGGAGGUACUGUCCGUCUUCCUCAGGUCGUCGGGCGCGGCGUUGCCAUGGACCUGAUGCUCACAGGACGCGCGGUCAAGGCUGAUGAGGCACUCAAGAUCCAGCUGGCAACAUGCUACCCGCCCUCAUACGAGACAGUAUCCUCAACACCCGCCCUCGAGCAAGCACUGGCACUGGGAGCCUUGCUGGCAGAACAUCCUCAGGUGUGCAUGCGCAAUGACCGGUUGAGCACACACCUGGCGAAUCCGAUCCGUGAGGCGAUGCUGAAGGAGUAUGAAUUGGGACUCGAGACGUUGACGAGCGGCGAGUUUGUGCAGGCGAUCACAAAGUUCUUUGAGGCGACUGAUGAGAAGAAGAAGGGCAUGGGAAAGAAGGCUUCGGCAAAGUUGUAA